AUGGUGUUGGGGCCGCAGCAAGCACCGCUGCUCGGUGCCAACAGCCCGCAGUGGGGAGAGGAGGAAAAACCAUUGCCAGAGACCUGUGUUAACGAGUCCGAGCUGACUCGGUAUAUCGUCCUGCUGUGCUUCACCAAGUUUUUGAAAGCUGUGGGGCUGCUUGAAUCCUACGAUCUUCUGAAAGCGGUACACCUUGUGCAGUUUUUCUUUAUAGUACAGCUGGGGUCUGCAUUUUUUAUG